AUGACAAUAGCAGAUCGAAAUCUAAGAGAUAAAAGUGCUGCAAACUAUUUAGAGACUAUCAGAGAAAAUGAAAAACCUAUUUUUGUUAUGAAAGAGGGAAGGAGUAACCAGAAGUAAUAAAAAAAUAUAUAGAGAAUAGGUUCCUAAGAAAGUAUUAUAUCAUCCUCAGGUAUAGAUAGAUUAAACUAUCAGUCAUCUGAAUCGCAAUUAGACAUAAUAGGAAAUAUCAUUAUAUCUCCACACAAGAGAAUCAUUAAUAACUAGAAGCACAUCAAUAUAGAUGAAUAAACUCAAUCCUCAACUAUUGCUUCUAGGAAUUUAGUUUAGAUCAAUGAAAACUUCUCUGAAAAAUAGUCUCAUCUUUCAAUUACUGAAGAUAAAUCAAGUUUAUCUAGAGCUUUGUAAAGAAGAGAAAAUUUAAGUCAGCUCUAUCAAGAAACAAUUCCUGAUGAGUAAUAGAUGAACAUUAAUUAGUAUAUUAAUGAUGGAAUUGCCAAUAGAAAAAGGCCAAAGAAAAGAGGACCAUUAAUUGCCUAAAAUCAAUUGUUUCCUCCACUAGACAGAUCCACAAAGAAUUAGAGUGAAACAAGACUUCUAAAACUCCCUGAUAUAAAAGGAACUAGCAGAUAAGGAAAUGUAGCAGAUGAUGUAGCAUUCAAUUUAAUGCCAAUUCAUUCUUAAAACAAUUAACAGGCAGUCAAUUAUAUUUAUCAACCUACUCCUGAGGAGAAAAAAGAGCAGGUGCGAUCAAGACUUGAGAUGCUCUACAAAGUAAGAAUUCCUAGAUAGAAAAUCCAAUAAAAGAACUGGGAAAAUCAAUCUAUUAACUCCAGUGGAAUAUAUACCAAAUAGCAGGUUUAACCUCAAAUUCCUGUCAAAAAGAAAUUAGUAUUAAACUAGCAAAACAUUGGAAUGGGAAUCAAAUAAGGAGGAAGUAAUAUUGCAAACAGUAUUAUAUAUCAACCUAAUGGCUUGUCAAAUAGCAGUGUAGGUGGCGCUUCACUUACACCUGGUAGUCUUGUGGUUGAAAAUUCUGGAUUGCCUGCUUAAAGACCUGGAUGGUGGGGAUGA